CUCGAAAUGUCGGAUGUUCCAGAAGUUACUUAUCGCCCUAUUGCGGUUACAAGCAAAAUUCAUCGGGCAGCAUACCCAGCAAUCUCACCGUCUCGGCCAGAAUUGUCGCAGGCUGGGAAAACUAUUCUCAUCACCGGAGGCAGCGCAGGUAUUGGCUUUGCAAUUGCUGUCGCUUUUGGUCAUGCUGCUGCCGACAGGGUGAUCAUUGUCGGGAGAGAUCAGUCUAAGCUUGACAAGUCAACUAAGGAACUUGCCAAAAAGUGUCAUGCGUCCAAGACAGUGUUCGAAGGAUUGUGUUGCCAACUCGCUAAUCCCGCGAGUAUCGACACUUUAUGGGAUAACCUAGAUGCGAGAGAAACUCAAGUUGACGUGCUUGUACUGAACGCAGCUGCACAGACCGACCAACAUGGAAAGAUGGGAACCUUAGGAUGGGAGAAAGUGUGGUCUGCUUUUGAAAUCAAUGUCCGAUGUCUGCAUCAGUUUUCCGAACGGAUGUGGAAACAAGCUUUGGGUUCGCGUAACAAGAAAUAUAUCGUCAACGUUUCCGCUUGCGCUAUUCAUGAUUUUCCCACGGCAGACUUCUCUCCGAGCUAUGCCUUGACCAAGAACUCGGGCACUCUCCUGUUACAACAACUGGCACGAGAAUGGCACUCAUCUGAUAUCCAGAUUGUCAGCUUUCACCCAGGCGCGGUCUAUACUCCUGCGGCCGAAGGAUUUGGACUCAAGGAAGACUCAUUGUCCUGGGAUGAUGGAAGUCUUCCAGGUUCAGUCGCUGUAUGGGCCGCCUCUGAUGAGGCUGCAUUUCUGCAUGGUCGGUUUAUUUGGUCAGCUUGGGAUGUGGAUGAACUCCGUUCCGGCAAGCUUAAGGAGCGCCUUGAGAAUGAUGACAAGUUUUUGAGGAUUGGUGUGCAUGGCCUUUGA